GCGAACUGGUGGUGGCGGCUUGCAUGCAUGCAUGCAUCGCAGUCGUGACCCUGGUCACGAAAGUCCAGGGGUGACGGAGGCUCGUGGAGCAUCUUUGGCUGGCGUUCACUGGCAACAGCCUGCGUGCGUGUUGACGCACGGCAACGACUACGAGACCCCCCCCCCCACGAACUUGAGUGUGCUCGUUUGCGUUGGGAACCGUUCAUACACACGCGCGCAUUCACACAGCAUCGUCGCAAGCGACACUGGUCUCUUCUCUUCCUCUCUUCUCACCAUGCACACCUCCACUGCACUCGCGGUUCUGGUGGCGCUUGCCACGAUUACCGUGCUGCCUCUAUCAGCUUAUGCGGAACCAGCGCUUGGGGAUGAGCUGACUGCCGCGGAGUUCUUCGCUGAAACGGGCCUUGCCGAGUGCGCUGAUCUCACUGAGGCUGAGACUGGGUACUUCUUUGAAAGCGGCCACGAAACUGGCAUUUCUCGCUCACGCUGCACGCUCGGCGGCUCUUGCCAAUGUGAACAACUGGACACCUGCGACAGUGGCGACUGCUUCAAGGUGUAUCGCUGCAACGCCACAGAAUCGGAUGGCUGCUUUGCCGUGGCCAACUGCACGCGUGCUCGCUUUGACACCGCGAUGGAGGUUACUGUUGACUGUAACCGCGGUUUGCCACUUGAUGAGCGUGGCGAUGAGGAUCUCGAUUUCUUUGCCAUGCGCUGGAAACAAGCGCUCGAACAAGACUGCGGGAUCAGCGGCCGCCUGUGCCGGUACUAUGGUGACACGGCUGACUCCAUUCACGUAAUCAAUGGCACGACGUUCCGUACCACAACCCUCAACUCCGCCCACGUUGAAGAUCUUGCCGUGUGUGCCGCCACUGCCAACUUCCGCUUCAACCGCUGUACCGUCGUCUCCGUGGUGGAGGUGCCAGUAACCACAACCACUACCACAACGACCACAACUACAACCACUACCACUACUACUACCACAACCACAACCACCACUACCACAACCACUACAACAACUACAACCACAACAACAACUACAACUACAACUACAACGCUCCCAGCAUGUAGCUACGGAUGUGAGGAGAGUGUCGAAGCUUGUAUUGGCAAGGCCAUGUUCUCCCCGAACAACGUGCGCGAGGCAUUUGUGGACUGCAUGGCACAAGUUUCGCAUCAUACCGACAGUGCAUUUGUCUCGUUCGGCAUCUGCCUCGCUGACUGUGGUGACAUUGACGCAAACACGACGCGCGACGAGGCUGGACCCAUCCUCUUCUGCUACCGGAUGUGUGCCUUCAACACGGCUGACAUGGAUUGCGAUGUCCUGUACACGUCGAGCACCGUUUCAACAACGACGACAGCAUGCUUGUCUGCUACGCCAGUGGGCUCUGCAGCAAGUGGUGGUUAUUAUUGGACAGACGUGGUGUUUGCUGAGAACGGCAUUGGCUACGCCUGUCCUGGCUUUGCCACUUCGGUCAUGACCAUCGAUCCCACAGACAACAGCGUCAACGAGACAGUCGCGGACGUGUCUGCGUACGGCACGGAGCUCAAGUGGGGUGGCGGCGUCUACGCAAAUGGGUCCGUGUAUUGCAUCCCGUACGACUAUGAAACCGCAGUUCUUGUGAUUGACACGAGCGACAACAGCAUCAGCACCAUCCCCGUGACGAACAACUGCACCGCGUCGUGCUGGUGGGGUGGCGCGCUGGCCUCCAACGGAAAGAUCUACGCUGCCCCGCAAGGCGCGCUCGAGCUUCUCAUCAUCGACACGGCCACGAACACCGCCGACGCGACCAUUGACGCCGCGAGCCUCGCUCCCGGCGCCCCAUACAGGUGGACUGGCGGCGUGACAGCGUUCGACGGCCGCAUCUUCAUGGCACCGUGGAACAGCAAGAAGAUCCUCGUGGUCAACCCUGACACGGACUCCCUUUCCACGAUUGACAUUCCUGAUGUCGGGAGCGCGUUUGCCGACUUCGUCAUGGGCCCGAGCGGCCGGCUGUUUGGCAUCCCCGCCACUGCAACGUUCAUCCUCAUUGUUGACCCUGUCGUGGACAGCCUCGACAGCACCAGCAUCACCGGCCUCCCCUCUGGCAACUACAAGUGGUACGGUGCUGGCAUCGGCUCGGAUGGCCUCCUUUACUUCACGCCAAAUUCCGCAACAACCAUCCUCAUUGUGAAUCCUGACACCCUCAGCCUGACGUCCCGUGCCUCCCCCGUCAAUGAAUGCAACGGCGCUGAUGUUUCCGAGGCGGGUGCCAUUUACUGCACUCCUGGUACCGACGACGCCUUCUUGGUCAUUGAUCCCUCCAUGUGUGCCGCGUGAGAGCUAGACGCUGGGGGGGGGAGGCUUGGGAAGGCAGCAAGUUGUGAAGGGGGAAGAGCGUGCUCCCGUGGACUGUCACUCUUGGUCGUUGCUUGCUUUGAUUAUCCGUGUGUUGUUGGACACUUGGGGUGUGCUUCGGCCGUAUGGUGUGCCUGCUGCCGACUGUCUUUCUCGAUUCCCUCUUUCUUGUCCCUUUCACUGCCUGUCUUGCAGAUCUUGUUGUUGUUACACCUUUGUCUGUUGCUCGAUGUUCUCUUGUUCCCGCUUUGUUUUCUGUUGUGUCUUUUGCGUGACUCGUCUUUUCAGUUUCACGUCAUGCCCUCCUUUCGUGCAUUCGUUGUUCGUGCAUGUCGCCCCUUGCAAGC